CAAUCAGCUGGGAGAAGUCGUUGGGCUGUUGCCAUGUCUCGGUUAAACAAAGAAAGUCUAGCUUACGGUCUGUGAUGAGGUCCUGGAUGAGAUGUCCCUUGCUUGUCAGUGAGCGGAUGUUGAGUAGAGCGAAGUUGAGUGAGGUGUUGUCGCAGCUGGUGGUGGUGUUAGCCGACGAGGCUAGGCGGGUUAACACGCUGUGGUCGACAACCCGGCUGGUGGAGCGUGGAGGGCGUCGAGAGCUGGACCAGAUGGACUUUAUUGUUGUUGAGCUGUUAUAGUGGAAAUUCCGGCGGGACCCUCGGUGAAUGUAUCUCCGGCGGGGCUGGAAGGUGAUGUCCGGGUGAAGGUGGAGUGCCUCAGGCGCAGGUCCAGGCAGGUGACAGCGCAGCCGGAGCAGGUCAGUGGCCGAGUACUGAAGCAUAUCCGUCACUGGCAAAUGAACGGGCAGUAGAAAGAGCCAGACACAUACGGACAAGAUGUAUGUCCUACCGUCCACAUUGUGGACGAGAACUCAGGCAGCGUUGACCAGAUAAACGCCAAGUGAGGCUCAAGCCGGGACAGAACAGGCAGAGAGCGGAUGUGUCCUGACUCUUCUGUGGUCCCGUCUCUUCCUCCGGUCAUAGACCGCUCGGAGAGGUUUGCUCUCCGUCUGUCUGCGUCCAAUCACGGCGUCUCUGUUGCUCACCGAGACCGGGAACAGUGCGACUGGAUUCAUCCAACGUCCUGAGAACUGGAUCUCCACCGAACAUCGAGCCGCGGAUGGUUUUGUCUCCGGGCGGGGGACCUGGAAACCAGGGCCCACAGAGGGAGCAGGGAGGAGGCCCCGACGCCCCCUUGUACUGACCCAGAAAACAGCACCGACGGACGGGCUGCCUCUCUACUAGCAGGCCGGCUAGCUUCUGGCUGCAUCGGAGCUUGCAGGUUGGCACCCGAGGAGGCCGGAUAACGGAAUCGUUUCUAACCGUUAGGACCUUUUUUUGCUCUCAUUAUUCAUCGGGAAGGAUUUUUGCGCUGAAGUUUUGAAUUCUGGAGAUCGGGAGCUGGUGGCUAGCUAGCUCCGGGCUAGCUGUCCCAGUUGGCUUCUCUCCCCGGUAACCAGACAGCGGAGGCUCCGGAGCGGGGACGCAGAAGCACAGGCUGUGUCUGCGUACUUUCUCCCAAUUGUACGUACCUCACGGUGACACUGAUCAUGGCUGCUUUAAUCAAGGAAAUCGUGAGCAGAAAUAAAAGGCGAUACCAGGAGGACGGCUUCGACCUGGACCUGACCUAUAUUUAUCCAAACAUCAUAGCGAUGGGUUUCCCUGCGGAGCGACUGGAGGGAGUUUACAGAAACAACAUCGACGAUGUCGUUCGAUUUCUAGAUUCAAAGCACAAGAGUCACUAUAAGAUCUACAACCUAUGUGCGGAGCGACACUACGACACGUCAAAGUUCAACUGUCAAGUGGCUCAGUACCCAUUCGAGGACCACAACCCUCCCCAGCUGGAGCUGAUCAAGCCAUUCUGUGAGGACCUGGAUCAGUGGCUGAGCGAGGACGAGCAGCAUGUUGCCGCCAUCCACUGCAAGGCGGGAAAAGGCCGCACCGGCGUCAUGAUCUGCGCCUACCUGCUGCACCGGGGCAAGUUUCAGGAAGCUCAGGAGGCGCUGGACUUUUACGGAGAGGUCCGCACCCAUGACAAGAAGGGUGUGACCAUCCCCAGUCAGCGGCGUUACGUGGUCUACUACAGCUUCCUGCUGAGGAACCAGCUGCAGUACAAACCUGUCGCUCUGCUCUUCCAUAAGAUGCUGUUUGAAACCAUCCCCAUGUUCACUGGUGGAACCUGCAACCCUCAGUUUGUGGUGUACCAGCUGAAAGUGAAGAUUCACACCUCUAACGCCUCCCACACCCGGCGGGAAGACAAACUGAUGCUGUUUGAGUUCCCACAGCCACUUCCUGUCUGCGGAGACAUCAAGGUGGAGUUCUUCCACAAGCAGAACAAGAUGAUGAAGAAGGAAAAAAUGUUUCACUUCUGGGUCAACACCUUCUUCAUCCCGGGGCCGGAGGAGAACCCGGACAAACUGGAGAACGGCAGCGCUGGGACGCUGCGGGACCCGGCCGACAGGACGCACCAGAACCUGGGGAUGAUGACGGCCAUGAUGAUGGGCGGAGAGACUAACGACAGGGACUACCUGAUUCUCACACUCAUCAAGAGUGACCUGGACAAGGCCAACAAAGACAAGGCCAACAGGAACUUCUCCCCGAACUUCAAGGUGAAACUGUUCUUUACCAAGACGGUGGAGGAGGGAGCGAACUGUGACGCAAGCAGCACGUCGGCCUCGGUGACCCCGGACGUCAGCGACAAUGAACCAGAUCACUACCGCUACUCUGACACCACGGACUCGGACCCAGAGAACGAGCUGUUCGAAGAGGACCACCACAAUCAGAUCACAAAAGUCUGACACACACACUCUCUCACACAACAGAUAUAUAUGUGUGUAUAUAUGUACAUACACAUACAUACAUACACAGUAUAUAUAUAUGUACACACACUCAUGAACCCCCACACUGAGACUAGCGUGUGGUUAGCUAACGGGGGAAUAUAACCUAUGGACCAGACCUGAUCUGUGGGACUCUGGGAUCAAAGAGCUCAGAUCAGACUAUAAGCCCCCUCCACCCCUCCAAUCUUCUGCACGGUGCACACCUGGACAAUCACGAC